CCUUCUUCCGCUCAUCUUCCCCGCCUAUGAGCCCAGCUGAAAAGUCUUUGCCGCAAGGUUUUCCCGCAUCGCAUGGAGCACUCGACUAUUCCAAGCGCACGCACAAGACCGAACUUAUCUCAGGUUUUAUUUGUGUUAUUAAAUUCGAUACGGUGGGAGUAAAAGGUCUGCUUGAGCCCCACAUUAGUAAUCUAAGUAUAUUCGCCGUUCAUAUUUCAGGACUUCCACGUUCACGCGUUGUUCUAGAGGCAUUUCACGCGUCGAAGAAUAUUGGAGGUAGACCCACGGGCCACCAGCCUUCCUGUGCGCUCAGUAGAUCGGUCAGUGUGUCGCGUGAAGCUUGUGGUGCAUUUUGGCGGAGGAUCUUCGUAUUCUGCAUCGACUCAGGUGUUAUAAUUUCAAACAGAAUCAAAAUGACUUCCUCACCGGCUAUUAUUCAAAAAGAGAAGACAAACUCGAAAUCAUCUUCCAACGCUACUCUAUCCCAGCAAACCAAAGGUAAUCCCUUGGACCAGAGGAACACACCGCCACUAACAGCCUGGUGGAGGGUAUUCAAACUAGUCAACCUAAUGAUGCAAACCAGAUGUUAGGGUUUCCGAAGCUCUUAACGAUAGUUCACACCUAGCCCUAAUACCUAUAACGAGGAAUUUGGAGAAAUUUAGAAUUGUAAAAUAGAUGUGGGUUGUUCCUUCGAGCCUACCUAGUACGAGCCUGUACUAUAAGAUCCAUUCUCACAUUCCGAAUAACUGUUGUUGCAAUUCUAGAGGGUUAAAAUCAAUGUCAAGAAAAGAAUCUUCAUAUCGUGUAAAAUUUCUAGUUUUUUAUUUCUCAAAUUAUUCGACAUAAAAAUGAAUUUCAGGAUCUUUAUUGACUUAUUAAUGAUACCAGUUACACGUGAUAUUGAAUGUAAGUUCAUGAUAUGUUCUAAUUGAACUCACCAAUUCAGAAGAAUGAUGUAAAAUUACAUUAACAUUUUAAUAUGUAUAUAAUCUGAUUCAAGAUUAGUUAUGUUUGAAUUAACCUUAAAUAUUUAUUUUUAUUAUUGAUAACAAUUCCUUAUUUUACAUUACUUACUCGAGGUUAUGUUAUAGCAAUAAUUCAAAUUAUUCUUAUUGAUUUGAUAUGAUGACAACCGAUUUUAAGAUAGCAUAGUUCUAGCUAAAGAUAUCCGUCUUCAAAAAUUACUUUUGAAGUAACAUUACAGUCGUUAUACUAACACAAAAAGUUGAAAUAUACUAUCAUGUUCAUAAUAUCCUUCCAAUAAAUUUUCAAACGGGUUUUGAAUGCAAUUGUUAUGAUUUUUAAUGAUGCAUGUUGAAUUUAUAUGAUUAAAUAUAUAUAUUUGAAAUAGAGAAAUACACUGAUUGUUAGAGA